AUGUCGACCUUCGCACCCCGCGCUGCGAGGCAGGCCCUCUCGCUCAGCGCCCGCCGCGCGUCGCACAGCGCUCUGCCGCGCUCGUCGCUGCGUGCCGCCUCCCUCGCGCCCCGCCGCAGCUACGUCCAUGAGACCAAGCCGCAGAAUGCCACCGUCAACGUCGAUGCUGCCAUCAAGGCCGAGCAGAAGAACUUCGUGCGUGAGAGCGGCCUGCAGCCGAAGGAUGCCACGAUGCCGACGACGGGUAUGGGCGCCGACGCGAUGAUGAGCCCCAAUGCCGGCAUCCUCAAGCAGGCAACUGUCAUGGACGCCGGUUCUCGCCCCAUCUACCUCGACAUGCAGGCCACCACUCCGAUGGACCCGCGCGUCCUUGAUGCCAUGCUCCCUUUCUACACCGGUCUGUAUGGCAACCCGCACUCGCGGACACACGCCUACGGAUGGGAGACGGAGAAGGCAGUCGAGCAGGCGAGGGCCCACCUCGCCAGUCUCAUCGGCGCCGAUCCCAAGGAGAUCAUCUUCACCAGCGGAGCCACCGAGAGCAACAACAUGAGCAUCAAAGGUGUCGCGCGGUUCUUCAAGAAGUCGGGAAAGAAGAAGCACAUCAUCACCUGCCAGACGGAGCACAAGUGCGUUUUGGACAGCUGUCGCCACUUGCAGGAGGAGGGCCUUGACGUCACCUACCUCCCUGUUCAGCCCAAUGGUUUGAUUGACAUGGAGCAGCUGGAGAAGGCCAUCAGGCCGGACACCAUGCUGGUCAGCAUCAUGACUGUGAACAACGAGAUUGGUGUCGUCCAGCCGAUUGACGAGAUUGGAAAGCUGUGCCGGUCGAAGAAGAUUUUCUUCCACACCGAUGCCGCUCAGGCGGUUGGCAAGAUUCCUCUCGAUGUCAACAAGUCGAACAUUGACCUCAUGUCCAUCUCUGGUCACAAGAUCUAUGGCCCCAAGGGUAUUGGAGCUUGCUAUGUUCGGAGACGGCCUAGGGUUAGGCUCGAGCCCAUCAUUUCUGGCGGUGGUCAGGAGCGCGGUUUGAGGAGUGGUACUCUCGCUCCUCCUCUCGCCAUUGGUCUUGGUGAGGCCGCGCGUCUCUGCAAGCAGGAAAUGGAGUAUGACAGCAAGCGCAUCGCUGCGCUCUCCCAGAAGCUCAGAGAUGGCCUCCUUGGCAUGGAGCACACUACUUUGAACGGUGAUCCUACGCGCCACUACCCUGGCUGUGUCAACAUCUCGUUUGCGUACGUCGAAGGCGAGUCUCUCCUGAUGGCUCUCAAGGAUAUCGCCCUUUCUUCUGGUAGUGCCUGCACCUCCGCAUCCCUCGAGCCUAGCUACGUCCUCAGAGCGCUCGGCAGCAGUGAUGAGAGCGCUCACAGCAGUAUCCGUUUCGGCAUUGGCCGCUUCACCACCGACAGUGAAAUUGACUACGUCCUGAAUGCGGUUAGAGAGCGCGUCAACUUCCUGAGGGAAUUGAGCCCUCUGUGGGAGCUCGUUCAGGAGGGUAUUGACCUCAACACGAUUGAGUGGAGCCAGCACUAA